CUUGCUACCUGGGACUCAGUUCAUGGUCUGAAUGGCAGUCUGAAGGAAAGUCGGAUAGAGAACGGGAUGCAGGGAGUCACCGUGAAAGUGGUCACUCUGCUGGAGGAUCCCUUCGUGAUGGUGGCAGAAAACAUCCUGGGUCAGCCCAAGACAUACAAAGGAUUCUCCAUCGAUGUCCUCGACGCACUCGCCAAGAUCCUCGGCUUCAAAUACGAGAUCUACCAGGUGUCUGACAGUAAAUAUGGAUCUCAGCUUCCCAACGGCUCGUGGAACGGAAUGAUUGGAGAUCUCAUUAACAAGAGGGCGGAUCUUGCGGUGUCGGCCAUCACCAUCACCCCUGAGCGUGAGAACGUGGUGGACUUCAGUAAACGUUACCUGGACUACAGCGUGGGGAUUCUGCUGAGGAAACCGGAGGAGAAGAUCAACAUCUUUUCUCUCUUCGCGCCCUUUGACCUCGCCGUGUGGGCCUGUAUCGCCGCCGCCAUCCCAGUGGUGGGCGUGCUCAUCUUCCUGCUGAACCGCCUGCAGGCGCUACGCUCCUCCGCUACCCAGAAUGCACCACAAGGACAACCGGCCAAUGGCGUGGUGGGUUCAGGCUCGCUGCAGAGCGCCGUGUGGAUCGUCUACGGAGCGUUCGUUCAUCAAGGAGGGGACUCUGUGAUUGGCUCAGUGGCUCUCAGGAUCGUGAUGGGCAGCUGGUGGCUCUUCACGCUCAUCGUGUGUUCGUCGUACACCGCCAACCUGGCAGCGUACCUCACCGUGUCCCGCAUGGACCACGCUAUACGGUCGUUCCAGGACCUGGCCCGUCAGAUGGAGGUGGAUUACGGCACGGUUCGGGACUCGGCGGUCUACGAUUACUUCCGGAACAAAGGCACGAACCCUCUGGAGCAGGACAGCACGUACGCAGAGCUGUGGAGGACGCUCAGCCGCAACAACGGGCAGGACUUCUCCGUGUCCAGCCCGUCAGAGGGCAUCCGCAAG